AUGAGUGUCCGCGUCGUCGCACGGGUCCGCCCUCUGUGGAAGUCGGAACGCGAGCUGGAUAUCAUUGUCCGACCCGGAUCUGCCUCGACUGAACCGGCCAGGACGAAGAAAGACUCGCCCGAUGGCAAAGCUGCCGCCGCUCUCAAGGACCGAGACACCCUGAUACGGAUCCCAAACCCCAAAAACGAGGGCGAGCAGUACACUUUUCAAUUCAAUGCCGUCUACGGAGGUGACUCGACUCAGCAGGAUCUGUUCGACGCCGAGGUCGCCCCAACAGUAAAGCAUUUGUUCAACGGGUUCGAUGUCACGAUAUUUGCAUAUGGAGUCACCGGAACAGGAAAGACACAUACCAUGCGAGGCGGGAAAAGUCUGCAGGACCGUGGGGUGAUUCCCCGCCUGCUAAGCGCCAUCUACCGCCGCAGUCGCAAAAUCGAGAAAGACUCUCAAGGUGCUAGUAACGUGGAAGUCCUGAUGAGCUAUUACGAGAUAUACAACGACAAAGUCUAUGACCUGUUUGAGCCCCUAGAGAAAAGAACACCGGCCGGGUUGCCGCUUAGAGACAAUGGAGGGAAGACUGUCGUUGUCGGGUUGACCGAGCGGCCGUGUGCCAAUCUGAAGGAUUUUGAAAGUCUGUACGAUCAGGCCAACGCGAACAGGUCAACUUCUGCAACCAAGCUGAAUGCGCAUUCAUCAAGGUCCCAUGCCAUCCUGUGCGUAAAGAUUGUCACCACCACUGGAGAAAAAACUCGAGUCACCAUGGCGUCGGCAAUUGAUUUGGCUGGGUCAGAAGACAACCGGCGAACAGAGAAUGGCAAGGAACGCAUGGUGGAGUCUGCAAGCAUCAAUAAGAGUCUGUUCGUGCUGGCUCAAUGCGUGGAAGCCAUUAGCAAGAAGCAAUCUCGUAUUCCUUACCGGGAGUCCAAGAUGACUCGGAUUUUGUCGUUGGGACAAAACAACGGCUUGACGCUGAUGAUCCUUAAUCUUGCCUCUGUGCGAUCGUACCAUUUAGACACGAUAAGCUCACUGAAUUUUGCCAACCGCACCAAGAAAAUCGAAAUCCGUGAGAUUGAGAAUGAGCCAAUGUUCAAGGGACCUGCAAGACCGUUGACCAGGGCUUCAACCACUGGCGGAGCCCUGCGCCAACCCUUGCGACCCCUGACUUCGUCGGUGAAUGUAAAAGUCAACGUGGAAAAUCCAUCCACGUCUGACGAGAAGAAGCCAGCCAAGGCAUUCUUUGUAUAUUCUGACAAACAGUCUCUCAAAUCCCAUACGCCAUUCGAUAGACCCAGGCGCUCAUCUCCUUUGAAGCGGAAUUCAGAUGUUUCCACUCGUCUUCCUUCUAAGAUACCUCGGGAGUCAGACAGAUCGGCAUCCAAGGCACAUGGCGAUAUCCCAGCAGAUCGAAUUGAAGAAAUGGUGGAGAGAAAGGUGGAGCAGAUCCUGGCAGCAAGAGCAAUGGACGACUCGUCCAAACAGCAAGCCCAGAUGGAGCACAUGAACGAAGAGGUCCAGCGCCGCCUGGAACUUUUGGAGCGCAAGAUUGAAGGCACAGAAGAUGCUCGUGCCGAAGGCUUAUCUUAUCUCCUGAUGGCGAAACAACACCAUGGAAGAGGAGAGUAUUCCUCCGCUCUGAGAAUGUACAGGCUUGCUCUGCCAUUCUUUCCCCGGAACGAGAAACUUGCUGCUAAGAUAGCUGCCCUUGAAGAAAAGCUGAACCCGCAGCCUCAGGUUACUGCAGAGGUUCAAGUGGCUGGGCGUGGAAGCAUACUUUCCAUCAAAAAACCAGUCAAGAUGGCCCGAACUCAUGCUGCCAUCGACGAAAACUAUAAAAUUUUCGAGCAUGAGGACGAAGACGACUAUGGUGACUCUUACAUAGGGCUGAAACGCAAGCGAGCCACCGCCACGCCGAAAAUGGCCGUGCUCAAAGAUGACAACACUUUUGCGGGUGAAAAUGCAAUUCCUGAUAGGAUACAGUCGCCACGCACAUCUCAUCUGCUAUCUGUCAUCAACUCUAGAGACGUGGGGCAGAUCAAGCUGCUCAAGGGCGUUGGCGCGAAGAAAGCAGAGGCAAUUGUCGACUGUCUGUGUGAGAUGGGGGAAGUUGACCAAGUCCGGAGCCUCAGCGAACUGGGGAGACUCAAAGGUGUUGGGUUGAAGACGGUACAAAACAUGAGAAGCGGAGUUUUUGUUUGA